GACGGUCUUCGCGAGAAAUCCUUCGCAGAGUUCCUCGCCAACGCCCUGCCAGUCGCCCUCAUCGAUCCCGAAGUCCUGCAGUUUUUGGUGUUCCAAUCUAACCUCCGCCUUGAUUUCGCCAAGCGAGAGGGAGUUGACAUCAGCGAACUUUCCAUUGGGGACGAUUGUCUGCCUGUCUGGCCCGGCUUCAGCUGGGAUCCUUCUGUCGAGUCACUUCAUUCUACUAUCCAGCGUCGUCUCGCGAAUCUUGAAUUGGCUCAAGACCUUGGAAAUCUCGUUCAAAACGACAUCAUCGCCAAAGGGAACCGGAAGCUUGACGAGGCUCGCCUAUUGGGGGUUCAGUUGGAAAGUCUCGUCAUCGGCAAUGGCCUUCUGCCUGUUUGGGGAGACGACGCAUUCAAGGAUGUGGGUUCCGAGCAUCAAGACAACGAAGAGGAAGAACUUUCACAGAUGACCAGCCGCCUCUGUUUCUGCUCCGACAGCUCCGACUCCGACUCGUGCCCAGAUUCUGACGCCGAGAAUGUUGCACCUUGCCCCGAGGACGACAGUCUUUUCGCCAUCACCCUCAAGAACCUUGUUGAUGAUCAAGCCUACUACUCUGAAGAUGAUGACGCCCAGAAUGUUGUUCACGACGUUGAAGUCGCCGGCGCCCCUCGAAGCCACUCUCAUGUCGAUCUUGAGGUCUACGUUGCCAAUAAUGACGACGAGGUUUACGACUUGCCAGAGAUGGAAUUCGCCGUUGAUCGAGAUGCUUUCGAAUACUGGCACCAGACAGACGAAGCAAUCGACGUUGAGGUUCCAGGCACCGAGUUGCGCUGCACU